UUAGAUAUUGAAGCAUAAAUUUUAAUUUUGUUUACAAAAGGAGACAGUGAACUAACGUACUGAAGCCUCAUAAUUUUGUGACGUUGGAGUGCAUUUUCUCUUUCUCGGACAAGUCAUCGGGAUAUAAAAAAAAUGCUUCAGUUUACUUGACAAUGUUAAAACAGAACAAUGUGGAAUAUAUCUUGGAGGAUUGGAAUUAUAUUUAUUUUACAAAAAAUAUGUGAAAACAGUUUGUCUUGCAGUCCACUUAUGCCACAGAAUAAUAAUUUUAACGAUGAAAAGUUGAAAGCACAAGUACACAAUGUGGAAAUUGUGGAUGAAGAUGGACAUGUGCUACACAUGCGAGUUACACAUAAGAAACUUCACACUCCAACAUUAAGUCUAAGAAUAUAUGAUGGACAGUACCGACAAAUGUAUUUAAAGAGAUCCCAGUGUUAUAUGACAGGGUAUAUCGAGAAUAUUACAGAUUUUUUUGUUUCUUUGGACAUAUGUGGAAAACUAAGUGAAGUGAUACGUCAUGGAGAUAAACGAUAUGUUAUUAAGGAAGAUACAGCUUUUACUGAAGAAUAUGUACAACCUUUACACCGACCACAGUCGCAUGGGAAAAAGGAAAACAGAAUUGUAUGUAACAGAGAGUUGCCAAUAUACGGGUCCAGGCAGAGCUCUACUGUGAUUAACUAUAAAAGACAAAGACGAUCUACAUCAGAAACAUUAAUGAUAGAACUAUAUGUUGUUAUGGAUUAUGCACUGUUUUCGGAGGCUGGCAUUGGCAAUAAUAACGCUAAAGCUAUUCAAUACAUCGAAAGAAUGGUGAAUCACAUUGAUCAGAUAUAUUCACCUAUGGGUAUCCGAGUUUUACUUGUUGGUGUCGAACUAUGGACCACAAAACAAGCAGAUACGCCAUCUACCGAUGCUACAGAGUUAUUAGACCAGUUCCUUGGUCAUGCUAAAAAAUCAAUAAGACAAACAGUUUCUGUCGAUUAUGACUUUAUUGCACUGAUAACUGGAAAAUCAUUCGGAGGUCAGCAUGUCGGUAUUGCACACGUCAAUGCCAUGUGUGGUGACCACUCAGGUGCAGUGAUACAGGACGAUAGAACCAGUUCCUCGCGUGAGCUUAAAUCAGCUGUUAUAUUGGCACACGAGAUAGGUCAUGUAUUGGGAAUGUUGCAUGACGAUGCGGCUUGUACAUGCCUAGACCCAAAAGAUUGUCUAAUGAAUGCAGACAUAACGCAGCUUCCAACGUCCUUUUCAUCAUGCAGCGCUAAAAUUAUCAAGAAAGUCAAGGAAACCGGUCUCGCCCCUUGUCUAUACAAUGUUCCUGAAGUAGUAUAUAAUGGUCCGAUAUGUGGGAACGGAAUAAAGGAAAAAGGAGAGGUUUGCGAUUGCGGUGGAAUACAGGAAUGUAAGAAAAGUCUAUGCUGUACAGACGCCUGUCAACUUAAGCACGGAGCAAAAUGUGAUUCUGGUGGUUGCUGUCACCAAUGUCAGGUUGUUAAGGCGAACAAGUUAUGUAGACCAGCACAGAAUGAAUGCGAUCUGGACGAAGUCUGUAAUGGGAAAAGUGAACAGUGUCCAGCUAAUUUGUACAAACAAGACUUAUAUCAGUGUGGACAAGGAUCAGAUGUUGGUUAUUGUUAUAGAGGCCAGUGUCGUAGUAAUCUGGUACAAUGUCAACAAAUUUGGGGCAGCACUGGUGAAACGGCUCACGAUUAUUGUUUCACUGAAAACAAAAAAGGCAAUGCUAGUGGAAACUGUGGAACGAUAUCAAAUUCUACCUAUAGGAAGUGCAGUGAUACUGAUAAGAUGUGUGGUGUUCUGAUGUGUGACUCGAGUAUACCAAACCCUGUAUUUGGAGGAGGAACACAACGAGUGAUUGAAAGACAUUUGACACUCCCUCCACCUCAUGGCCCAAUCACAUGUAAGGGCACCACAAUUAACCUUGGCCCUGAUGUUCCUGAUCCUGGAUUGGUGGAUGAUGGUUCCCCAUGCUAUACUAAUACAAAAACACUUUCCAAAGGCAUCUGUUUAAACAGAAAAUGUGAAGAUAUCAAGACGAUAUCGAUUCCAAGCUGUCCAGUUGAUGUAAACGGAACUAAAUGUUUCGGCAAUGGGAUAUGUAACAAUCUAGAUAAAUGUUGGUGUAAGCAUGGAUAUACCAGUAGUGAUUGUUCUGUAAAGAUUGUCAUUCCAGGAAGAGUCCCGGAAAAAAGUCUCACUGUUAUCCAUAUAACACUAAUAUCAGCUGGGGGCGGGAUUUUCAUACUUGGAUUGACUGCUGGUAUUAUAGUUUUAAUCUGCUACAUGAAAAAAAUAAAAGAGGAAAAGAAGAAUCAUAAAGAUAAAGAUAAAAAGAAGAAGAAGCAUAAAGAUAAAGAAGAAAACACAAAAAUGGCAUGGGGAGAACAAAAUGGUGACAUUACAAAAAAGAAAUCUGUUGCUUUUCGACAGACCAAAAUAAGGCCAAUGCCUCCUUCUUCUCAUCGUCUGUAAAACUAUGUUCGGAUAGGGAUCGACCAAAAUGAAUAAAGAAUUUCGAAAACAUAUUACUCAGACUGUAAGUCAAACAAAACUAUCUUGAUAAAUGAAAAGAUUGAGCACACAAUCAAAUUGAACUUCUUAAAAUGUUUUAUCGGUGAUGAGUAACAUUUUCAUGUGACGAUGACUUACCUACUGAUACAACCUACGUCUUCGUGGGAUAGACACGUAUUUUCUUGAUUUUGUUUCAUGACACAUCUGUGGACAUCUUUUGGCGUUUACAUAAACCUGUGUUAUAUGCAUUUCUUUGAAUAAAUUUCAAAUACAUAAACAUGACAUAAUUAAAAGUGGACCCAGUUUGUUUUCUGUACAAAGGUUUAGUGUUCAAGUCAAGACAAUUUGGUUAUCAAUCAAAAGCAAAAAAAUGCAAUAACACAGCCCUUUCCAAAACGUAUCUUGCUGUACCCCGGAUAGAUUUAGUUUCAUUGUAUCAAAGGAUUUUUCGAUGAUAAUGAAAGCUGUGUAAAAUAAAGUUUCGAUAAAAUUUUUGAUUAUCUAAAAUAUUUUGUGUUUUCUAUACAUUACAUAAUUUCUUCU